GGGGGGAACACACCCCCUAGCAACCGGAGCCGAGCUGAAGCACCGCACUGCGCCUUUAAUUCCCUGAUUGGGGGCGGUGGUGGAGGAUUUCCGCUCCCCCACCGCCCUGGUGGCAGCUGUCACCUGUAAGGCGAGCGCCGAACGCAGGGGAUGGAGCCCGGCGCCCAUUGGACAGAAUAUAGAGACGGAAACCUAUCCCGAAGACGCGGGGCCCGGCGGCGCGGCGGCGGUGGGCGCGCGCCCCGGCCCCCAGCGCCUUCCUCCGGGAACCUCCCGGGCCCUGCGGCGCGGGCGUGACCGAAGUCCGGCUUGGGGGACACGCCCGACCGACCUCGGCGGAUACUGCCAGGUGAGCCUGGCCGAGGCGGACGCGAUUCCCGGAACCUCCGCCCCGGCGCCGCGACAUCCACCUGCCCCGGCCGCUGGGAACCGAGGGCCGGUGGGAAGGGGCGCCCGCUCCCCGGCGGCGCGGGGACCGACCAUGGCGCUCGCCGCGGCCGCCGCGGCCGCCGCCGGGGUGAGCCAGGCGGCCGUGCUGGGCUUCCUGCAGGAGCACGGCGGCAAGGUGCGCCACUCGGAGCUGCUGAGCCGCUUCAAGCCGCUGCUGGCCGCCGGCGACCCGCGCGGCCGCGCCGCCCGCAGGGAGCGCUUCAAGCAGUUCGUCAACGAUGUGGCGGUGGUGAAGGAGCUCGACGGCGUCAAGUUCGUGGUGCUGAGGAAGAAACCGCCGCCGCCCUCCUGCGACCCCAGCACCCCUGGGGCACUGGCCUCCCCAUCCGAGAUCACUUCAGGCUCAGACGGGGAAGCCGCCGCCCCGGGGGCUCCGUCCUUGGCCUCGGCGCAGCGGCCAGCGGGAGCCCCUGCGGACCCGGCGCCGCCGUCAGAGCCGCAGCACACCCCCGGGGCUCCGGCCUCUGAGCCCACUCAGCCGACUGGGGAGCCGUUGAUAGGCGCGGCCCAGAAGUCAGGGGCGCCCUCCAGUUCCCGGCUUCCAGCCUUUGAGACAGCCCAGCCCACCGAGGGCCGCUCCGCAGACGUGGCCCCGUCGGAGGCAGCCGUGCCCCGCGCAGGGCCGCCGAACCCGGAAUCAGGGCCUGGGGCGCCGCCAGGGCCGCCGCCACCCGCUGGGCGCGCGCCUCCGCAGAAGCCCUGCAUGCUGCCGGUGCGCUGCGUCCCCAGCCCCGCGGCGAUGCGGAUCCGGGCCGAGGAGCAGGGCCUGCGCCGGCAGCUGUCGGAGGAGCCGAGCCCGCGGGACUCCCCGCUGCCGCUGCGGCGGCUCUCGGUCGAGGAGACUGGUUUGGGCCUCAGCCUGGGCCCGGGCCGCUCCCCGCACCUGAGGCGCCUGUCGCGUGCCGGCCCGCGCCUGCUGAGCCCCGACGACGAGGAGUAUCCCCCCGCGCCGCCGCCGUCCCCCGUGCCCCUGGAACCGGCCGAGCACGAGUGGCUCGUGCGGGCGGCCUGUGGCCGCUGGAACCACCAGCUGCACGUACUGCUGCUGCGCCACAGCGCCCUGGCGGCCAAGCGCGACUUCAUGUCUGGCUUCACGGCCCUGCAUUGGGCCGCCAAGAGCGGCGACAGCGAGAUGGUGCGGAAGCUGCUGGAGGUCGCGCGCAGUGGGGGCGCGCCAGUCAACGUGAACGCGCGCUCACACGGCGGCUACACGCCCCUGCACCUGGCCGUUCUGCACCGCCACGAGGAAGUCGCAGUGCUGCUGGUGUGCCUGGGUGCACAGGUACACGUGCGCGACCACAGUGGGCGGCGCGCCUACCAGUACCUGUCGCCAGGCGCCUCGUAUGCGGUGCGCCGUCUGCUCGGCGACCCCCGCCUGCAAAGCUCUACGGAACCGGAUGCGACCUGGGGUGGUAGUGGGAGUCACGCCCGGAGCCCAGUGCAGGUGGCCGCCACCAUCCUCAGCUCCACCACCAGCGCGUUUCUGGGUGUUCUAGCCGACGACCUGCUGCUCCAGGAAGCGGCACGAGGCUGGAGGAAGACGACGAUCACCUUCAAGUUCUUGAGUGCGUCGCCCAUUGUUCCUCAUAAAAAAACAAAGAUUCGAAGUGGCCUGCCAGCCUUUUCAGAAUUCUCUCAUCAGCCCACUCCGGGGCCUUUCGCUGGUCUAAUGUCCAGCCUGUCCCCUACAAACUGACAGUCCCUGAGGCUACGGCUUGGUUGAGGCUACCGGGCCUGCCCCUCACUGUCUAAGCCUACCCAAGACGGCAGCCCAACCCCUUCGGCUCCAUCCAGUUUCCAACUUUGUCCAUUGCAGCCUGUUUUACCCAGGUGGGCCUAUGCCUCCAGCUUUUGUCUGAAGCUUGACCUGUCUCCAGAGACGGGAUUCAAGAUCUCACUGAGAGCCUCCUAUAAAGGACUCCAGAAGUCAGGCUUGAAUUUUGGAGGAGACUUGAAAUUUAGGAUCAAAGGUUAAGGGGCGGCAGCUGGUCUGGUCCCUGAAUGAGUUAACCCAAUGCCUGCAUCUGUACACUCCCAAGCCAGAACUAGUUGCAAGGAUCUCUUUAAUUAUUGUGUGAUGUUGGAUAGUUGUUAGCUUUAAGAUACCAGUGGCUUUAUAAUUUGAUGCUUUUAUCCUGUUUUUAAAUUGAAAUGAGGUAAAACAACUUUCAUAAUAACCUUCUGAAAUUAUAUUUUUCCAUUUUUAGGCAAAAUGUUCAGACAUUUUCAAUCUUUUGCUAAAUAUUUUGGAAUUCUAUUUUUUAAAAAAUAAGAUGAUCAAGAGCUAAAGGAAAUUAAUCCCAACCAACAAAACCCUUAAAUGUCUAUCUACCUCAUUUUAGGCAACCAAGAUUCUAGAGCCUUGAACACAGAAUAUGACUAUUGUGAAUGUAAUUUCAGUUGUACUUUGAAUGCCAGAUAUUAGGAAACAAGUGCAUCUUGGGAGUAAAGAUGAUAUAACAACAGAAGAGACAUUUGGGCAAAUACUUUUAAUUUGUGGUUGUCUUUAUGGUGAAAUGUAAACAUAUGUCUCUGGCACUGGUGGGUGGCUAUUUUAAACUGGCAUGAAUAUUUAACUUUUAAAAUUGUGAUUUAUUUGUGAAUUGCACUGUUGUGCCAUGUUUCUGAAUCUGUGGUUUUCAAAUCUGGCUGAGCCUUUCAGUGCAGUAGGUGAAUAUUCAAAGUUGGGCCACCAUUCAAAAAAAGUGUCAUAGCAUUACACCAGAAAAAUAAUUGGUUAAAUUGGAAUGAAUAUAAUUAAGAACCAAUUAUUUUAUAUGGAAGAUCUGUACAAACAGAAAUACUGAUAUCUAUUUUAAAAAGCCAUUGUAAAGCAAACAACUUAUUCCAAAACUGCAAAUGCAGAAUCUCGUUGCUUGCUGACUUUAGAGGGUGACUUAACGUCUCUGGACCUUUGUUCCUGUCUGUAAUUGAGAAGGUUUGUAGGUAUUGCCAAGAUUUCCCAGGUUCAACACAGUGUAAUUACAAUGACUGUUUUUGUGUUUUAAAGAUGUGGAAUUUAUUGCUCAAACAACCUUUUUUAUAUCAUAUGGUGUUAAUGCUCUGCUUUUGCAAAUUGUGUUUGCAUGUCAUUAGUUAUAUCAAAUAACAUAUGGGCUCCCCUCUCAUAGAGAUAUCAGUGAAGCCUCUGAAAUGAUUUAAGGCAGUCCUUAAUGCAAUGUUUUGAUUUAAGCAAUGAAAUAAAGUCUCCCUUAAAGGUUCUA